AUGAAGAGAAUUUCAAAGUCUCAUAAAAGGAAGUCGAGUACCGCAACUUUCGAAUAUCGUUCGCUCUUGGCAUUCACCGCGUGCCUUAUGAACUUAAAUAAAUGGAACAUACAGGCCUACAGUGAACACCAGGAGAAAAACGUGGUUCAUUGGUUGAUCGUUCAAAUUUUAAAAUUGUCUGUUUGA